GCUGUCUCACUCAGACUCAGGCCAGUCCCCUCUCUAGAUAAUGUGACGUCACUUCAGUACGAGUUUAGCCGCUAGUGGAUAUGGUUGUGUGCGAUUGAAGCGUUUUGUGCGGGAACUUUUCACGAUUUGUACUUUUAGCAAAGUUUUCGGCAAUCGUAUGAGAUUUUUGUGUGAAAGAAUCGGAGUUAUCUCUUAAACUAGUGUGGAUUGUUGUGUUGGAUCUGUUAUUGUGGACACAGGUGUCACAUUCCAGUAGGCGCCGAUACAGCCUCCGUACCCUAUAGGCAGGUGGACAAUAAGCCCUAUUUUGUUAAAUAUCCUACGAUGGCUGUGCGGUUAUGAGGUGGAGCAAUAAACGAGUCUCAGAUGGAUCACUGGAAGUGAUAAUUUGAGGAAUGCGAUUACAUCGAUUUAAUAAUUGUUGCUGAGAUGGCGCGGUGGAGCGCGCUGACGCAGCAAUGGACAGUUUGGUUUCUUAUUAUCUUUCUACACGGAGUUUUGGCUACACCUGGACCGUGCGAGGUUGAAACGGGACAAUCCAGUAUCAUAGUAGAUAUAGAAGAAAGCAGAGGUGAUCAAGUGAACCAAAGCACGGUACCAGCGAUUCUACCGAUCGUGGGUGACCCAGAUGUGGACGUGGUCCUCUCCACUGUGUUCCCGAAGGGACCCACGCUGUUCCAGCUAGAUGGGAAGCGCUUGCAGCUGCUACAGCCGCUUGAUAGAGAUGCUGAUAACUUAUCGCAUAUGGUGUUUCAGUUGGUGUGUCAAGUCAAAUCGACGAAAAAGCGUCGAACAAUACCUGUGAUAGUACGAGUGUCUGAUAUUAAUGAUAAUGCACCGGUUUUCCAAGGGACCCCGUAUGAGACAAGUGUUUCUGAACUUGUUCCUCUAGGCACGACGAUAUUUGAUAAGAUUCGAGCGGUAGACAUAGAUGCGGGUGUGAAUGGCCUUGCAGAAUAUUUUAUAGUACCAGGGGAUAAUAAGACUUUAGAAGAAUCGAAUGCAGCGGAUGGUUAUGGAUUCUUCGCCAUACCGAUACCCCAUCAGGGACAAAUAACAGUCAAUAGAACGCUGGAUUACGAGCGAACUCAGAAGUAUCUAGUCACUAUUGUUGCUUCUGAUCGUGCCCGUGAUACAAAGCGGCGUAUGUCCAGUACCACCACGAUGACGGUCAAUGUCCAAGACGACGAUGACCAAGACCCGUCAUUCAUUUACAAGGGCUGCUCAUCUCAUGAAGGAGCCUGUAUUAAUCCAGAAUAUUCUAGCUUUGUAAAUAGCGGAGUUCUAGCCGGAAUACUCAGUGUGGAACCAGAAAAAAUUCAAGCCGUUGAUAUGGAUACGUUAAAUACAAGAAUCAAAUAUAGUAUAGAGAGUGGGGAACCCGAUUCUUGGAGUACUUACUUCGAUAUAGAUGAAAAUACAGGAGCUGUGAGACAGUUGCAACCCGUAGAUACUAGCAUAGCUAAGAAAUUCCAGCUUGUUAUAAAGGCGGAAGAAAUAUCCGAAGCGAAGCGGUUCACAACAGCCAAGAUGACCAUAACCGUAAGACCCGUGGAUGCAAGCCCUCCCGUUGUAUCCGCUACAUCAGACGAAGGAAGAGUCGAAGAGAACUCACUAAAAGGAACUAAAGUAAUCGGUACUGACAACCAGCCGAUACGGUUCAGCGUGUCUGAUCCUGAUUUGGGUCCAGGAGAUCCAGUACCAAAGUACACAUUCGAGCUAACUACAAACCUCUUUGACAUCGACAAAGAUAAUUAUCUCAUCGUGAAUGAUGAACAUAUAGAUAGAGAUCCGCCAAAUAGUGGUCAUUUGAGAGUUCAGAUAGUAGCAAGAGAAGCGAACGGUGGAGCUGCGUCAGCGCCGUAUUCCAUCGUAGUAUAUUUCCUGGACCAGAAUGACAACGCGCCUGUUAUUCCUAAAACACAGCCCAUUAAUGUUCCAGCCAGUUUGGAGCCUGCUCCUGUUUACAAGGUCGAAGCCACAGACAUAGACGAGGGUGAGAACGCACGAAUAUCGUACAGCAUUUAUCACGUUUCUAAUAACGGCGGGAAUAAGUUCACUAUUGAUCCCACUUCUGGAGUUAUAUCAAGUACGGGUCGCCUACAAGCGGGCGAACAAUACAGUGUAACAGUUCGUGCCACAGAUUCAAAAGGGCUUAGUUCUCAAGGCAUUAUAGAACUGAUGGUGGCCCCUGGGCCAAAUACUAGACCUCCUGUGUUCUCGUCUAGGGAUUAUUAUGCUCCCGUGUCCGAAGGGGCAGCUAUUAAUUCUACAGUUACGACUGUUACCGCAAAGGACCCAGAAAACGAACCUGUGACCUAUUCAAUCGUGUCUGGUAAUGACUUGCGUCAAUUUGCCAUUGGGUCGAACACAGGCAUUAUCACUGUUAUACGACGCUUGGACCGGGAAGUGUUAACUCGUUAUCAGUUGAUGGUAAGAGCAGAAGAUCCUGGUAGAUUGUCCACAACAGCAACUGUUAAUAUUAAGGUGACUGAUAUCAAUGACAACAACCCCAAAUUUGAUGAAGACUCCUACUUAUUCCAUGUAAAAGAAGGUCUAUCCGGUGAACAAGUCGGCUACGUCCACGCGACUGACAUAGACGAAGGUGUGAACGCACUAGUCAGUUACACGAUGCCGACAAAUCUGCCAUUUUCUAUUGAUAAUGCUACGGGGUUGAUCUCUACUAGCACUCAAUUGGAUUAUGAGGACACGAAGGAAUACGCGUUCGUAGUAACAGCAACAGAUGGCGCUAUCGACAAGCGCCUAGGAACAGCGUCUGUUACAGUUCUAGUUGAUGACGUGUCGGACGAAGCUCCGGUGUUCACACAAGCACUGUAUUCUGUGCACGUACCGGAAAAUGCACCUAAUUACCCUGUUGUUAAGGUUCAUGCUGAAGACCCAGAUACGGUACCAGAAAUAACAUACACUAUACUAAAGGGUGAUACCGAAUCAUUUUCAAUAGACCGUAAGUCGGGAAUGAUUCGUACUCUAAAAGCAUUGGACAGAGAAAUGAUCGCAAGGCAUGAACUACUUGUCGGUGCUGAGGAAAAUAAUGGAGAUGGCAAGGGAGCCACUACUACUGUGGAAGUUAUUGUUGAUGACAAAAACGACAAUACGCCAAUAUUCACCUCAGUGACUCGUCCAGUUACCAUCGAGGACACAUCAUCAAUCGGGUCUCUAGUAGAAACUGUGGUAGCAUUAGAUUCAGAUGCAACUCCACCAAAUAAUAGAAUUCGAUACGCUUUAGUUGGGAGGGGUAAAGCGUCUAUAUACUUCCACGUAGAACCAGACACGGGUGCUAUUAAAUUACGAGACGAUUUGAGGAAGGAAACCGAUAGCGAAUAUACUGUGGACGUACAGGCAUAUGAUCAGGGAGACCCUGUACUCUCAUCUGUUACAAGCCUCACCGUGUAUGUCAGUCAUUCAGCUACCGUACCUCCUGAUGUAAGAUUAGGUUUUGCCGAUACCACCUAUACAGAGCAUGUGGCAGAAAAUUCACCAAAUGGUACUUUAAUUCGUACCUUACCUAUUUGGAAUAAGGGAAAGCAUUCAAGGGAUUUGCCGCUCAAAUGUCUUCUAACUAGUUCUUCACACAAAGGCGUAUUUUACGUAAGAUUAACAGAGGAAAGAGACUGUGCAAUCCACCUCAACGCGUCCAUAGACUACGAAAACAUAACAGAAUACUCUUUGGAAGUCCAAUUAGAAUCUAUACAGGGUCUAAUAAACCCGGAAAGCAGUAAAGCAGUGAUAAAUGUCCAUGUUACUGAUGUGAAUGAUAAUGCGCCUGUGUUUAUUUUCAAUGAGCAAUCAACUAUCGCUGGGGCUAAGGAGAAAUAUUAUGCGAUCGCUACUAAGGAUAUGCCGUUGAAUACCAAUGUGCUUCAGGUUAAGGCAAAAGACAGAGAUAGCGGUGAUUAUGGCAAAAUUGAAUAUCGCAAGAAUUCCUGGACAAAGGUUGCAGAUGAAUAUUUCUCACUAGACAGUGAUACAGGCGUCAUAAGUAAUAUUAAGACUUUCGAGAAUGUUCCUAAAGAAGCUUUGCCUUUCAAAUUCAAUGUGAUGGCGAAAGAUAAUCCUAAAUCUGAAGAUUCUAAAACUGCAAGAGCUUCAGUUGUGAUAAAUUUGCUCCAAAAAGACAAUCAAUUUGUCCUAGAAGUGUCCAACGUAAACGUAGACACUAUGUCCACGCCACAAGCGCGUAAUCUUCUAUCUGAAAUAGAAGGAAAGAGCGGUUUAGUUGCAGGAUUAGAGAAACUAACCCCACGAUUGUAUUUGGGAGAGAAUGGAACUUUGGAAAGUGAUACGAAAGGCACAGAUGUGUGGUUGUAUCUACUUGAUCCGAAUACCGGGGAAAUAUUGACACGUGAAUCUCAGCCGGUUAAAAAAGCAAUAGACAAGGGCGUAUCAAUCCGAGCGCCACUAACGCCCUCGGAGCCGCCGCGCCGCACGCAGGUAGCGGUCGCGCCGCUCGCUACGGCUCUGCCCGCGGCGUUGCUCGCACUAGCUGCAUUAGUACUGGUAGCAGCUACGGCUGCGACCGUGUAUAUAUGCGCUUCUUGGAACCGCUACAAAAAGCACAAAGAACAAGCGCUACAGCAACAGUACGGCACACUGAGCCUCAGCAUGGCUCCUCCUCGCCCGCCCUCCGGGUACGAGUCCAGUGAGGACGAACCAGCGCCGAGAUAUGAGACUCAGGUCUUAAACAUGGCGGUAGAUGACGCUGACUUGCAGUUGGAUUUUAGUUCAAAUAAUCAUGCCUUCAACAUUCAUAAUGUUCAAUAUUUAUCAAAGGAUAACGGUGAAAGAAGUCCGACCCUUUCCGAAACAGCGACGACAGCGCGCGCAUCGAGCGUCAACGAAAAUGGCGGAACGCUAAACAACAUGACUAACUUCGAAAAUAACAUGAUACGCAACACUCAAACGUUAAAUCGAAGGACACAGAAUAGUCACCCGUUAAAUAACGCACUCGGGACAUUACCGAGAGUCAAUAAUAAUAAUAUAAAUGGGGGGUUAUUAGCUGCGACGUUAGGGAGGAAAAUAAAUGGGAAUAACCAUAAGAAGAAGCCGCAGCCGAUCAUGGCGUAUGAUGAAAUACCAGGGUUGCAUAGAGCAUCAGAUAACGACAACGUGACGUUUGGCAAACGCAACUUCUCUGGAUUUUCCUACGACCAAUCUCCAGUAGAAACCACAACUGAACUUUAAAUAGCAAAUUAAUAUAUAAAUAUAAAGUGAUAUUAUCCGUCCGUUGCUAACACGUACUUAAAUAUAAUGUGUUCAACGAAAUAUAUUAAAGAAAUACGACUGAAUACGUGCUUCAAACAUAGUUAUUAUUGUGAAUAACGAAUUUUCUAGAUGUUUUAAUUGUAAUAUUACUUAGCGAAGGCUAGUCGUAUGAAAUGUGCAUAAUAAUAAAUGUAAAUAAUAGUGGCAUUGUUCAUGUAUAUUGUAAGGUACCUGAGGGUACAAAUAUUUUGUAUAUAAAUAUUUUUAUUGUAAUAAUAAAUUUGCGCACUACACCUUGCCAUUUUUCCUGAAAUCUUGAAUGUAAAAUUGCAUGCUUGCUCAUAUUUUUGUUUUCUUUUUUGAAAUAUUUUACAUUUAUUUAUUUUUAUGUUACCUUAAUUACAGUUUUAAUGUGUAUACUUAUUUUUAAUCUUUCUU